UGGGAACAUUCCUGCAUUGAAGUUCCACUCCUCAAACAGAAUGGAUUUCCUCUGGGCUCUCUUAGCAGUUAUAGCAGAACUUGGAGCUUUAUUUGGACUCCUCUUCUUGGCAUGGACAACCCUGUACUAUCUUUCCACCGCAGAAUUCCCUCAUGACAUUUGUGAACCUCACAAGCUGAAGUGUGUAUAUUUUGGAAUGAUUAUGCUGUUUUCAAUGGACUAUGUUUUGUGGAAAAUAGGUCUCUGCAAUGAGUACAGCUUUGUGAAAUUCAUGGAGAUUGCAUUCCCCCCUUUCCAAGAUCCAAACCUUUCCAUCAAGCAUCUACAUAUUGAGGGUAUCCCAGUGAGAUUAUAUCAGUCCAAACCAUCACAGACUGCACAGAGGGGGAUUCUUUUCAUACACGGAGGAGCUGGCACCUUGGGAAGCAUUGGUUUCUAUGAAAGAAUGUGCCGGUACAUUUCCAAAGAGAGUGAAUCAGUGGUUUUGUCAGUGGGGUAUACUCUCGCGCCUGAGCAGCUCUAUCCAGUGCAAUUCCAGGAAUGUUUGGAUGUUGCCAUACAUUUUAUGAAACAUGCAGAAGACUAUGGUGUGGAUCCUGACCGCAUCAUUAUUUCCGGAGACAGCUUUGGGGGUUUACUUGCAGCUUCUGUUUGCCAAAUGAUUGUACAGAGAGAUGAUGUUCCCAAGCUGCAUGCUCAGAUAUUGAUUUAUCCCAUUCUUCAGGCUGUGAAAUAUACUUUGCCCUCACAUAGGCAAAAUGCCCACGUGCCUCUUUUGAUUCAGAGGCAGAUAGUGACAUUUGCGUUACACUAUCUCCAGAAAAAUGUAACCUUAGUAGAUAUUACUUUGGAAGGCGCCCAUGUCCCCAAUGACAUAAAAAUGAAAUAUAGUAAAUGGUUAAGCCCAGAUAAUAUCCCAGAAGAAUUAAAAGUAAGAGAAAUCCAAGCUCCAGAACCCAGACCCACUUUUGGUUUCAUAUCAGAGCUUAUAGACCAGUUGUGUGGGCCAUUGCUUUCUCCACUAUUAGUUGACGAUGCCAUUAUUCGAAAGAUUCCGCAGACUUUCAUUUUGACUAAUCAGUAUGAUUCUCUGAGAGAUGAUGGAAUCUUGUAUAGAAGACGAUUAGAGGACAAUGGUGUCCCAGUAUCAUGGCACCACCUUGAAGAUGGAUUCCACGGAAAUCUCAGUUUAUUUAAUUAUUGGUUGAUAUGUUUUUCAUGCUCCAAAACAGGGAUGGGCAUUAUUGUUAACUACAUCAGAAGCUUAUAA